UCCGUGAUUUCUCUGUCGCUCUUUCUAACUUUGAAAGCAAAUGAAUUAUGAAGCCAUGAAAGAGAAAUCCCAAGAUAAUUAAAAAAGACAAAGCAAAGAGCAGUCUCUCUCUCUCUCUCUCUCUCUCUCUCUGUGUGGAAAUGAAAACCACCAACAGCACCGCCACCACCACCGCCAACACAAACACAAAACUCAUCCUCCUCCACCCCCAAGCAAUCCACAAACCCACCACAAGCGGCGGAAGCCACCGCCUGUGGCUCCUCUUCUUCUUCACCUUCUUUACCCUCGCAUUCACCCUCACUCUCAUCAGCACCACCAUCCCCCAAACCCUCCCCACCUCCUCCCUCACGGCCACCUCCGUACUCCCCCUCCCGCCCGCCGUCCUCGACGCACUUCUUCACUACGCCAUUUCAUCUUCAAACACCUCGUCAGCACCCCACAUGUCCCCGCCGGAACUUACCUCCAUAUCCUCCGCCCUCACCCGCCUCUGCGCACCUAACUGCAAUUUCCUCGUUUUCGGCCUCACCCACGAGUCCCUCUUCUACCACACGCUCAACCUCAACGGCCGCACGGCUUUCGUCGAUGAGAGCGAGUUCCUCGUCUCCCGAUUCGAGCAGGCCCACUCCCACCACAGCCUCGAGGCGUACGACGUGUCGUACGUGACCCAAGUCAAGGACCACAAACAAUUGCUGUCAACGACCAAAUCCCAGGUCAAAAACGAGUGCCGGCCGGUCCAGAACUUGUUGUUCUCGGACUGCAAGAUCGGGAUCAACGACUUGCCGAACCACAUAUAUCAAGUCCCUUGGGAUGUGAUUCUGGUCGACGGCCCACGUGGGUAUUCUCCGUCAUCUCCGGGGCGGAUGUCGGCUAUUUUCACCGCCGGAGUUUUGGCCCGGAGCAAGAGGGGCGGUAGGGAUAAAACUCAUGUUUUUGUUCAUGAUUUUUCGAGGGAGGUUGAGAGGAUUUUCAGCGACGAGUUUCUUUGCCGGGAGAACUUGGUGGAGGCUGUGGGUAGUUUGGGGCAUUUUGUGGUGGAGAAAAUGGAGGAUCAUAGCUUUGAGUUUUGCAGAAAUUCACCAUCAUCUUCAAAAGAGGACGAAGAUGAUUAAUUGAGCUGGGUUUUGUAAAUUAUUUAUUUUUUGUUAAUUAUUUAAAUAAUUUUUCUUGAUCUUC